UUUUGUCAUAACCAGUCAUGACAUCGCCUGUCAAGAUCAGUCAUCAAAAUUCAUAGCGAUCAUGUCAUCACUUUUUGGUAUAAGCAAAAUUCUUAGUGAUAUCCAUCAAAUCCUUCGCUCAAACUUGAGGAAUCAGGCACUUUUCAGGAAGUCUGAAGAGUUGCCGAAACUGACAAACAUAUAUAAAUACUAUGGAUGUAACAGUCAGCUGAUUUGAUUUGGAAUGGGCCGCCCAAAGAAGAAACCCGCCACGCCCUACAUUAUUCUUAGAGCAACCAGAGAUGACUACGAUCCAGUCCUCAAAAUCAUGCAUGAAAUCUACUAUAAGGAGGAGCCCACUUUUAAUGCAUUGGGUAUCGAGAAAAAUGCUUUGCUGGAUGAAGAUACAAUGAAAAUGAUGGCAGAAGGCGUAACAAUGGUGGCUAGAUGUAGGUACGAUGGCUGUAUAGUUGGAGCAUGCAUCAACGAAUCCUCGAACCCCUGGGACCCGUCCUUGAAAGAAAAGUUCGCUUGUAGCGUUGCGUGUCCUAAAGUAAAGCAACUCAUGAUGUUUUACGCAUAUUUGCAGAAAUUGCCUGGGCUAUGGGAGAACCAUGACGUACAAAAGGUUUUUGAGAUGGCCUAUCUCUUCGUGAAAAAAGAGCAUAGAAGACGGGGUAUUGCAUUAAGACUUCUACAAGACUCCAGGAAUCUAGCUGCUGAUUGUGGUUUCAACGUUGUCAGAUGUGACGCUACUAGCGCAUAUACAGCUAUACUAUGCGAAAAAUUAGGCAUGAAGAUGAUCCACGAACUACCAUACUGCAACUAUUUAGCAAAACAAACUUUGGAGCCCGUAUUUCAGCCACCACCUCCACAUACGAGCGUCAAAAUUUACGUCGACGUCAAGCCUCACCAGUCGGUGCUCAAAGAGAAAAAUAACUAAAAAUGAUCAAUAUAAACUUUACACUCCUCGUUAAGAGUAUAUCUACUAAGAUUGCCCUAUAUGUACGUACAAUGUUAUCGACGAAAUAAUAAGGAACUAUAGAAAAAAGACAAAAUUAAAUGUAAAGGUAAUAAACGCCAAUAAAAAAUGUCUAAUUUCUAAAA